AUGGAGGACCUGCUCAAGGCGCUGCGCAAGAUUGGGCUGGCGCUACCAGAUCACGAGCAGCUGCUUCAGCUCUCGGACCCGGACAGCGAGGUUCAGGACAACCUGGCGCGGCAUCUCUCGCUCACGCCGGCAAAGGACGACCUUGUAGCCGACGAGAAGGAUGCCACCGACGCGGCCGACGCUAGCAGCACUGCGGAGGACGAUGAGGAGCUAGCGCUCGAUCCGCUUGUCGAUGCAGACCUCUUCAAGGGCGCAGUACAAGCGCUGCUCGAGAACUACAACAAGGCGAUCGACAAGGAGCGCGAUUUCCUGCGCAAGGAAAGGGAGGCUCUCAGCGCACCGAAGAAGCUCAAGCCCGUGCCAUUGAAAGCUCUACUAGCGAGGCAGGCCGCAGAGAUCAAGAAGCGACAAGAGGAGGUCUACGUCGCGGGCCACGACCCAGACACUGGACGAAAGAGGAGACGACUUUAUCUACCGAGGCAGACGUUCGACGGCGUCGGCAGCUACGCAUCAGAAAAGCCGCUCGAUCAGCUGAAGAGGAUAGACGCAGACGAGCUCGAAGCACCGAAGCGAUUUGACGGGAGGUAUGUGCUCUGCAAGGUCGCGUCCAGCUUAAAUCUCUAUGUCGGGUGCACGUUCAUCGGCGUGCUGCCGUCAGGCAAUGCGAUACCGAUCAGCAUCGCCCAUUUCACCAGCAAUCUGCAUGUCGGAGGAAAGGAGUUGGACGCACAUCUCCCUGUCGGCACUGUGCUCGCGAUACGAGAGCCUUUCGUCAGUAUCAACCACUUUGCAAAAGGCGGUCCGUGCCAAGGAGGCAAGAGCGUUCCUGGUAUCCGUGUCGAUACGCCUACCGACGUUCAUAUUCUCGAUCGACUUAGCCAGGCAGAUGCCAAUAUCCUCGAUGCAACAACGUGGAAGAUCGAUGUGGCGCAAGACCAUGCAGAGCACUUCGACGACGUUGCGUCGUUGCUCAAAGACUCUCCGGCAGCGUGCAACACGAAAGGCUGCAGAUGGCUGCAAGACGGGCCAUUAGCUCGCCUGGUCGCCUCAUCGAGCGCAGAGUCUGCCGAAAGGCACAUACGAGAUCUCGACUCGUCACGAAAAUCGGAGCUAGGCCGUAGGACACGCUCCCUCAUCCAGUCGCUCCUCGGUGAGAACCGACCUGGUGCCGCCUACCGCGAGCUGUGUGCCGCACGCCUUCUCAAGCUCCCCCUCUCCACCUCUCCCGACAGCUCCAUCGCCGAAGAUCUCGAGCUCGAGGGUCAAGUCCUCUAUCGCAAAUGCGACUUCGCCCGCAGCCGACUGGCCUUCGAAUCCGCCCUCUCCGCCUACCCUUCCUCUCAGCGAACCGCCGCACAAGAUCGCAUCCUCGACACCCUCACCGCGGUCCGUGCCGCGCAAAAAGCAUCCGCGCUCGGUCCGACUCACGAAAACGUCUGGGCCUACUACUUCGACUCGCAGUCCUACGCCACGCCCCGGUUUGACGUGCAGGACUGGUUCGGGCCGGUGGAGAUCGCCAACAUCCCCGGUGCGGGACGGGGGUUGGUGCUGACCCGAGAUGUGGACGAAGGAGAGCUGCUGCUGUGUUGCAAAGCGGCAGCGUCGAGCUAUGCCGCGGAUAGCGGGUGUCGAGGUGUGCAUCUGUUGAGGUAUACGGUGGAGUCGGGGGUGACGAGUACCACGACACAGGUGUUGGCGGCAACCAGGAGCGUGCAUGCCAUGGUGGAUAGGAACGAGUUGACGUUGCCGAUCAUGGGGUUGACGGCGGGGCCUGGGGUGGAGCAUUCGAGGUGGGUCGGAGAGGAGUAUCCUUCGCCUCCGAAGCGGGAGUAUACGGACGCGCAAGCAAGUGCGGACGAGAUCGAGUUGCUCAUCCAAGCGUGUUCAUCGCUCAGCACCUCAUCUCUGCAACAGCGCUGGCGGCAGACGGUCCUUGACGGGUCGGUUCGAUCGAGCAUCGACACGAGCUACGUCGACGGCGUCCUGCGCUUCAACGCCUUCGGACCCGCCGCCAAUCCCGGUGGGAAAUCCUCCUUCACACAAGACUCGGAGCUGACCCGCUCAACCAUGGUCCAUCCCCUGCCCGCCAUCCUGAACCACGCCUGUCUGCCCAACGUCUCGUCCGUCUUCUUUGGCGACAUCGUCACCACGCGUGCGCUGCACCCACUCAAGAAGGGGACCGAGAUCAUGCACCAGUACGUUAAGGGCGAGCAGCCGUGGCUCAUCCGUCGCAGCCAGCUGUCCAAGCACGGCUUCAAGUGCGGCUGUGGUAUCUGCGUGAUGGACGAACGCGAUGGCGAGGACAAGGUGCGAGAGCGCGGAAAGGUGGUAGGGGGAUCGCUGAGCAUGUUGCAGGAACGCAGUCGUAUCGUGCUCAAGUCGUCCGAAAAGACGGAGAAGGAGAUGGAGGAUCAUCGGGAUCUGGCAGAGUCGUUGCAGGAGCUGGUGGACAAGGUGCAGGCCACUUAUCAUGUCGAAAGACCGAUUCUCCGGCCCGACCUGAUGAAGAUUUACCAGCUGAUGGCGCUGCACCAGAGCGAGUACGACUUGGACGCUGCGGCGCGGACAGAGCUCCAGGCGCUCCAGUCCAUCGGCUGCACGGUUUCGCAGGGUGGAGAGAGGGUGUUGAACGAUCUGCCGUCGCUGCACUUUGAUGGUGGCAUCACAUCGAUGCUGACGCUGGCCAAGUUCAUGCUGAAGCAGGAGAAGAAGGACGAGGCGAGAAGGUGGGUCGAGCAGGCGUUCUACACGCAUCAGUGCACGAUCGGCGGCGGGCUCGAUAUCUUUUUGGAUCGAUGGCUGGAUGCUUUCCCCGAUCUGCCGUAUCGAGAGUGGCUGCCCAGGUGUUGA